AUGUCAGUAGUAAUCUCGCUGCAUCCCAAAUCUGGUAACAACGCUCAUGCUGCCUUCACUGUGAAAAUAAAGUGUCCCGUGUCCUAUCCAAGGAGUUGUCCAGAAGUGACAUUCACCUCACCAAUCUUCCACCCCAACAUCAGAAAUAGUUCAGGAGACAUUUGUCUAAAUCUUCUCGAAGAAUGGCUUAGCUGUUACAGUCUUCUGGAUGUAGUGAAAUCUCUUCUCUACCUCAUCGACAAUCCGAAUUUUGAUUCGGCAAACAACUCGUUCGCAUACCUAGAAAACAGAGACUUGUUGGCAAAGAAGACGAUGCGGGUUUUGGCAGGUCUGCCGGUGAAUGGGAAACGGUUUGCGCCGAAUAGGGCGUGGUGCGAGUGGGCCGAGGCCCAUGGAUGCCUUCCAGUUGGCGAGGAAGAGGAUGACAUAUGGAAUGGGGAGGUGCAGGCGGUUUGUGUGGAUGUCACCGAGGAAUCCUACGACGAGGAUAAUGGUGUCUCCGAUGUCAAUGUCUCUGCGUACAAGGACGAUGACAAUGGAGAAUUCGAUGGUGCUGCAGCCGUGUUUGACGAGAAUGUUCUCUCAUUUGCAAAUAUGCGAUUUGUCGUUGCUUCGGAGACUGAAUCACAAGUUUCGCUGCCCUUUGAAAUCGAACACACAGAAGGAUUUUUCGAGACCCAGCGUAUUCUUGUUUGGCCUCCGGCUGGAAGUCUCAAUAUCGAUAUACCCUCGGUGUUCUACUUCUGCGAGCCCCUUGGUGAUGAUUCUUACCGUAUGAAAUUUUACGAUAUCUACAACACGCUGCUUACUGGCAAUGUGUUGCACUCGAUGCAAAGUCAUCCUGAAUCGAGACAAACCUCGAGUCUCUGUCCGUGGUACAUUUUCGAUCAUCUUGAGCAUUAUUCCUAUCAGUCGAGCACGACUUCUGUCUCCGACCUAGGCUUCUUUUUUUCUGAAAAAAUGUUAACGAGGCCCAUAUGGACCGACGACUUUUGUCCGUGGUCUCAUGUAGACGGAGGA